AUGCAGCGAUAUCUCGAUGAAUUUUCGAAUUUGUAUUCGUUAGAUAUCUCAUCAUCGGGACUGCAUUUAUUUGAAUUGGAACAUUUGAAACAUGAUCAGUUGGUGAAAUUGAACGCAUCACACAACGAAAUUUCGGAAUUUAAUGGCGAUUGGUUUGCAAAUUGGGCGAAUCUGACAUGUAUCGAUUUAAGCUACAAUAAAAUAGAUCAUGUUGAGGGGACACUUAACAAUACAAAAAAGUUGAACACUCUAUGGUUGUAUGGAAAUGAUUUGGGGAAAGAAACAAAUUCAUUUGCACAGUUGAUAAAAAUGGGAGUGUCAGCGUUCAUUUCAUGGAAAUCGAUUACUUCGAUAGAUUGGAAUUUGUUAGAAGUGAAUAAUGCGAGUGUUAUGGUCAACAGCGGAAAGGAAGGCUUUUUUCAUGCAUCUGAUGCCAAACUCGAAAUCCAUUGCAACGAAAAUAGUUUUGAAAAAAUGGAACUCUUAGUCCUUGGAAAUAAUUUUGAAAAUCCUCCAGAAAUGCUACGCUGCUUAUCAUCAUCACUCAAGCGAUUAUUUUUAUUCGGAUGUAAUGAUGAAAAAUUGCUUCAAUGUCUCCAACUUCAGAAGUUUACAAAUUUACUGACAUUUUUUCAAUUGAAUACCACAAUAAGCCAAUUCGACUUGAACGUGAUAAAAGAAUCAAGAGAAUUGACGCACCUUUGGAUACAUAAUAACAAGCAUUUACGACGAAUCAAUAAUGCGCAAGUGCUGGGCAAUUUUCAAGAUCUAUAUGUUGCUGGCCUUUCGAAAAAUCAAUUGGAAAAUACACCAGAGAUCAUUCAAUAUUUAAGUCCAAGUGUUUUUUUACUUUAUGUUGAUGAAAACUAUGUUGGAAAGGUGAACAAGACAACAUUCCAAGAAUUGACCAAAUUGCAGAAAUUAAGUCUAGCAAAUACAAAUUUAUCAUUCGAUGCUCCUGGAAUCUCUGAAGUGUUUGAAUCCACUAUUAGAACACUUGAUUUGUCAGGUAAUUUCGUGGGUGAAUUGAAAAUACACGCAUUCAAAGGAGCCACACGACUAGAACGGUUUUAUCUAAAGAGUACACAUUUGUCACAUGUUGAUUUUGGUACGUUCAUAAACAAUCCACAAUUGAACAUGCUCGAUCUUUCAAACAACACUUUGAAAAGUGUUUUAUUUUACAUUUUUGCAUUAAGCAAGUUAGGGGUGCUUUGUUUGGACGGAAACGAUAUAACGGAAAUGGAAGGUUUCACAAAAUCAAACCUUCCGAAUCUAGUUCAACUGGAUAUUUCAAAUAAUCAGCUUUCGUGCGAGUAUUUUACCGCAUUUAUUCCUGAAGUCAAGCGCGAUUGGCCGAAAUUGGUGCUUAUGGGUGAUCCAUGGAAACAAAAACAUGGUCAAAAUUGUAAUUCGACGAAUUAG